UUCAUGUCAGGGGAGUUCCCUAAAGCAACUCAAUCACGUCUUACCUUUUUAGUGUCACAGGGAAGCCUGUGAUUUUUCUCAGUUGCAGCAACAGACAGACUCAGUAAGCAUGGAUCGUUUCCAGCUUCCCAUUUGUACUGUAUUUUUUAUUGGAGUUGCCCUCACGGCUUCUGCCUUGGAAAAGUACACUGCUGCAGUCUAUGAGCAUGCUGUUAUACUGACAGGAGCUACUCCAAAACUUGUCACGCGAGAGGAGGCUGUGCAGCAGAUGAACAAAAAUCUGGACAUUUUCGAAGAAGUCACCAAAACAGCUGCUGCACUGGGCUCCCACAUUAUUGUGUUGCCUGAGGAUGGCAUUUAUGGCUGGGUCUUCAAGAGAGAAACACUAUAUCCUUAUCUUGAGGAUAUACCAGAUCCGCAAGUAAACUGGAUUCCAUGCAUUGACCCCCAAAGAUUUGGAUCAACCGAAGUGCAGGAAAGACUCAGCUGUAUGGCAAGAAACUACUCCAUCUAUGUGGUUGCUAAUAUGGGAGACAAGAAGUCAUGUAACUCUACUGAUCCAAAGUGCCCCAAAGAUGGUCACUAUCAAUACAACACAGAUGUUGUCUAUGACCCAAAAGGGAAAUUUUUGGCACGUUACCACAAGUACAACCUUUUUGAAUGGGAAACUCCCUACUUUGAUUUCGCCAAGGAGCCACAGUUUGUAAACUUCAACACCUCUUUUGGGAGAUUCGGAGUUAUAACUUGUGCUGACAUACUUAACUUUCGUGAACCUGCCAUAUCGCUUGUUGAAGUCUUCAAGGUAGACACCAUCCUCUUCCCAACUGCUUGGACGAAUGGUCUCCCACUUUUGUCUGCUGUUCAGUUCCACUCAGCUUGGGCUAUGGGAAUGCGUGUCAAUCUUCUUUCAGCAAAUAUACACAGACCUUCCUUGGAUCUUACUGGAAGUGGUAUCUUCACACCUAAUGGUGCCAAGAUAUAUCACUUUGAUAUGAAAACUCAGAAAGGUCGUCUCCUCAUUGCAGAAAUUGAUGCAUGUCCUCGUCAUUCUUCCACAUAUCCUCCUCCUAUCAACUGGAGCUUAUAUGCUUCAGAUCCCAAGCACUUCUUUCCACAGGCUGAAGUAUUCACUGGAACCAUUUAUUUUGAUAAUUUUACCUUCACUGAACUUUCUAAAGAAGCAGGAAAUCAUACUGUUUGUCAGAAAGGCCUUUGUUGCCACCUGAGCUAUAAGAUGGCGGAAAAGUGCAACGAUGAAGUUUAUGCAUUUGGGGUUUUUGAUGGGCUUCAUGUGGUUGAAGGAGAAUAUUAUUUGCAGAUAUGUACACUAGUGAAGUGUAACACCACCGACUUAAAAUCAUGUGGGCAGGGAGUGGAUACUGCUCGUACCAAGUUUGACAAUUUGUCUCUCAGUGGCACGUUUAAUACUAGUUAUGUAUUUCCAGAAAUUUUGCUCACAGGAACUCAGCUGGCCACAGGAGAAUUUGAGGUAUUGAAAGAUGGACGUCUGAUAAGCAACCAUGGCCUGUCAAAGCCAGUCUUAUCUGUAGCUCUUUUUGGGAGGUGGUUUGAAAAGGAUCCCCCCCAUCCACAGGAUGCCUCCUCAUGAGAUUGCCCCUGUGUUACUUUACACCUCUUUCAAAUUAUCAGCAUUCUGUAACGUUCAUCUAGUCAUUGGUGUUAUUUCUCUGGUUUCUUGAGUUCCAAAGAGGUUGUAUGCCAAAAGAAAUAAUGAACAGUGUCUUUAUUUCAUUGCCGGACCAACUAGACUUGUUGUAGAAGCAAUUCUCAGUUACGAAAUUUGAUUAAUGGAACACUUAGGGUCUAAACAUACAGCCAUGGCUCUUAAUUCACUGCUACAUAACAGCAUGUUAGAUAUGCAAUGAAGAAAGGCUUUUGCUUCAAGAUUAUUAAUACUUACAUUGUAGCCAUUUCCAAAUGCAACUUCCAGUUUAAGACAGGGGGAAAAACCUUAGUGUCUUCCAAACAAUAUUUCAUGAGAUAACUAAUCUAACUUCUUCUGUAUAGCAAAGGAAGAUCAAUAUUUCUUUGCUGGUAGAAACUGCACUUUCCAGUUAGGGCUGAUAACAGCCUGGAAGAAAAAAUCUCCUGCCCCUUUAACAGCAGUUUAAUAUAUGGAAAUGGACAGUUGAAGCUUUUCAGGGCUUGGAGGCAAAUAUCAUCACCAGGUAAUAAUUUUCUACUGAGCCUCCCUUAAGGGCACAGGACAUUUUUUCUGCAGGCUGUUGGUAAAUUAUAUUUCCGUGAAAAGGACAAUAUAUUAUGAAAGUCUCAUUAAGUAUCUUCCUUUUGUUGUUGUUCUUACUGAGAAGAUGCUGGGAAAUGGCUUUGUCAUAGUGGAUUAAGGUCAGUCCAGGUCCCACCUCAUGAGGUCACCAAGAUUCCAAGGGCAUCUUUUUAUCCUAGGCCCAUAUCCAUGAGUUUGUACAUCUCCUGACCCAACUACAUCACUCAUUCCACCGAGAGAAAACUGGAGCCCAGUUAAGUCCCCAGGAGGGAGAGUUGCUUCUCUGCUCUGUUCCCGUUUCCACUUGCUUGUUCCUUUGCCAGCCCUUGCCAUGCGUCUGCUCCCCAACCGUGUUGUUCAGAGACUUGGAUGUAUAAAAAUGGUCUCUUGGGCCUGUAGCAACUUAUAUCCUCUUUUUCUAUAGGGAAAAAAUUAAUCAGCUGCUUAUGCAAUUGACUUUAAAUUGUUGCAAUUACUUCAGUACUUAGAUAAAUAUUUUGAAUUGUCGUUUGCAUUCGUUUGAUUUUUUUUUAUUCUUAAAUUUUGUAAUUGAUCAUGUCUCAUUUAUUUCAAUAGGUAUCUUUUGAUUUAAAAUAUUUUUUGUUAUCACCAUGUACUACAGUAAUGUGUUAAUUCAGCACAAGGUGGUACCUUAUAAUAAAAUGACAUUAUAAAGGGCAGAGAUGGUGAAUCUGGGGGAGGGGAAUAUGUGUGGCAAACAAAUUUAUGUCAAACAUAAAUUACCUGUUCUUGUGUGUGUGAUUCUCGUUCCAAGGAGUUUGGGGAGUUGUACAAAUGGUUACCUCAUGUUUAAUGUUUUGGAUCCCAGUUUCCUACCUGCUUAAUUGUUUUUAAAAAGUGUAUUAAAUUGAUGACAGCA